CAUCUUAUACUGUAUAAUCAAUUAAGUUCACUUGUCUAAGAGUAGUGCAUAUUUGAUGCACCAUUGCUCCUCAAGAGGGAGGCGCAAAUAACCCUCACAUGGCUAUUGGUUUUCACUCCUAUGGCUUCUGCUCCUAUUUCUUCUACUGUUGUUGUACUUAACUAGAUCUGUACAGAAUUCCAGAAGGUGGUGACUAAAAGAUCUGAUGAUACAAUGGGUUUUGAGCAGGUUGGGUCAUGGAUUAGCUAAGUGGAGAGAAGAUUCCGCCUAGUGAAAAUUUUUUUAUGACCUUAAGGUCGAUGUGGGCAGUUAUAUACUUACGAGUGAAGCAUUAACUUGGUGGGAGAACUUCUUGAAGUUGCAGCAAGGAAAACUUGAAUUGAGCACUUGGGCACCUGGGGUGGUAUUAAAAAGGUGUUCAUGUAGGAAUACAUACCUGAUAGCAAAAGGCAUGAGCUAUAAAGGGAAUUUGCUGAUCUAAAGCAAGGGUCACGUAUUGUUGAGUAGUAAAAGAGGGAGUUUGAUUGUUACGUGCCUUUUGUGGGAAGUCAGGUUAGGGAUGAGCAGGCUAAGGUUAAUAAAUUUUUAUGGGGCUUGAAUCCUAAUUUUAUCCAGUGGUGAACCAAUUCAAACUCACCACUUAUAGAGAGGUAGUGGACAGAGCCAUAAAUCAGGAGAAAGCUAUGGUUAGAGUCAAGUCAUUAGAGCAGCAUGAUGUUGGGUCAUCUUUUAAGAAGAAAAAACUUGAUAAGAGUCAUAGACCCUUUGCUCUUGCACCGCAUAAGUCUGACACCAGCUAAGUUUCUAAAGAGCCAAGAGCUACUAAAACUGUGGGCCAGGCAUUAGUAGCACAACAUGCUCGUCCUGCUUAGCUUACUUGCCAUGCUUGUGGGAAAGUUGGACACAUUCGCAACCAAUGUCGCAUUACUACUGAGGCUUGCUUUAGAUGUGGCAAGCCUGGGUAUCAGGUUGCAAAUUGCCCAUAGUCAGACCCUAGAGCUUAGAAUACUCAGACUACAUCUCAGCAGGGUUCUAGUAAUCAUGGGGUGCUCCUCAAUAGGCGAGAGUGCAAUGAAGCCCACCAACAAUGCUCAGUGGGCUCAUGUUCUGUGUGCUGUGUAUGUGCUAGAGGUGUUCUUUUAGGACCUAGAAGGUAAAGAGGGCAUUGACUGCUCUAAGGUUCCAAAGAGGAGGUUGGCAGAGAAAUGCUACAUUUGCAAGAAUAGAAGUGGGUGUGCUAUUGAGUGCUCUGAGCCUAAAUGUCCCCUGUGGUUCUAUGUUACUUGUGGAUUAAACAAUGAUCUUUCCUUUGAGUAUAGAGAAGGAAAAAAGGGUGCUGUUGUAGCUGGGUUUUGCCAAAUCCACAUUGAACUCUGGACAAAGCAACAACAGAUAGGAAAAUUCAAGAUUGUAGCUCGAGAUGAGAACUCAGAAAGUAACCAAAUAGGGUGCUAACCAAGUGUUGUUGCACGGUACUAAUUCACUUGCUUGUUGAAACUUUUGAAUGCAUUUAUUGUUCCUAAUUAAUAGAUUUCACCUCAUGUUUAGUUAGUCAAUAUUGAUAUUUUACUUUGGAUAAUUUUAGUGGCUUUUCUAAUUGAACUUGUUUUCAUUCAGUAGUUUGUUCACAUGAUGUUACUUACUCAAGUAUUGUAUGAAUGGUUGAAAUAUGAAGCUGGCUAAGUUGCUUCCAAAUACUUAAAAAUAAAUCUAAACUGGAAUUUGCGGAAGGAAAUAUGAACAAAGAUGAACAAACCUAGGCUAAGGCUAUGAACUAAUCUGGAAAGUCUGGGAAAUCUGGAAACUAUUGCUGAAAUCUAGAAAAUGCAAUCUGAAAGCUGAAAAACAUGCUCUGGGCAGUCUGUGUGUGUGUUGGGCAGGCCUUGAACUGUUCUCUUCUCUCUGUUUUUGUUCCCUUCGAUGCUGGUAACCUCCUCCAUGAUCUUCUCCAUGAUCUUCGGUACUGUUCCUCCAUUUUCGACACUGUUCCUCCAUGAUCUGGUAAUGGGAUUGCAGGUCUGGCAGUUAUUUAAUAGUUAU